CUCCCCUACCGCGUCCGCUGGCAGGACCUCAAGGACCUCUUCCGCCGCGCGGGCACCGUCCUGCGCGCAGACGUCGCGCUCGGCCCCGACAACCGCAGCCGCGGCCACGGCACCGUCCUCCUCGCGACCCAGGACGACGCCGAGCGCGCCGUCGCGCUCU